AUCCGACCCAAAACUGAAAAUAAUUCCAUUAAACCCUAAAUCCCCAAAACGCCCCUUCCCGCUCUAAUAACUCUCCAUUUCUCCAACUUCAUAGUUCACACUUCACACUCGAUCAACCAUCCUCCAUAGCCGAAAUCACUGCAUAAACCCUAAAUCUUCAAAACCCUAAAAAUGCGACUCUUAAUUUUUCGCAUCUCCAAUUUCGUAAAGCAAAAUCUCGAAAAUUCACAAUGGAUUCAUCACCACCAACACAACCCCAAUUUCAAUCCCAUCAGAGAAAUGUCACAAUCUACCUCAAUCCCCAAAAAACAACUAAGAAUUCGCGAUCAUGGCUACGACAAUUAUAUGGAAAUUGAGAAGAAAACUCGAAAAGUCCUCAAAUUUCAGAACCUUAUCCUCUCUGAACCCAAUCAAUCGAUCCCAAUCCCUCGUCUCGAAACCCUAGCUCAUCGCAUAGGCUUCACGCGCCAUGAAUCCAGCGCGUUUCUUCUUAAAUUCCCGCACGUGUUCGAAAUCUUCGAGCACCCAGUUCAGCGCAUCCUCUUCUGUAGGUUAACCCGUAUGGCCAUUCUUCAGAUUGAACAGGAGCGUCUCGUGCUUGCAGAUCAAGUUUCGCAAGCUGUCACGCGCCUCCGCAAGCUCCUCAUGAUGUCGAAUGGUCUCCGAUUACGCCUCGAGCAUGUGAGGAUUGCGCGAUCAGCCCUUGGGCUCCCGGAUGAUUUUGAAUACUCGGUUGUUUUGAGGUACCCUGAAUUAUUUAGGUUAAUUGACGCUAAAGAAACUAGGAACAAGUACAUUGAGCUUGUUGAAUUUGACCCUAAGUUAGGAACAUGUGCAAUUGAAGAUGCUAGGGAGAAAGUUUAUAGAGAGAGAGGUAGUGAUGCUGAAGAUGUUAGGUUUUCGUUUUUGAUUGAUUUUCCACCUGGUUUUAAGAUAAGCAAGUAUUUUAGGAUUGCAAUGUGGAAGUGGCAAAGGCUACCUUAUUGGUCACCUUAUGAGGAUGUUUCUGGGUAUGACUUGAGGUCAAUUGAGGCACAGAAGAGAAUGGAGAAAAGGGCUGUUGCCACCAUUCAUGAAUUGUUAUCCUUGACCGUGGAGAAGAAGAUUACUUUGGAGAGAAUUGCGCAUUUUCGGAUGGCAAUGCACUUGCCAAAAAAGUUGAAGGAAUUUUUGCUUCAGCAUCAGGGGAUUUUCUACGUCUCCACCAGAGGGAAUCAUGGGAAGCUUCACACUGUUUUUCUUAGGGAGGCUUAUAGGAAAGGUGAGUUGGUUGAACCUAAUGAUUUGUAUUUGGCGCGACGGAAGCUUGCCGAGCUUGUGAUUUUGAGCCCUCGGAAAGCUAGGGUUGAUAGGGAAUUGGUUGGAUAUAGGAGGAGCAAGUUAGAUGAUGAAAUGGGGCAAGUAACAAGAGCAUAUGUUGAGGAUGCUUGUGAAGACUUUAAGGUUGGAAAUGGUGUUGGACAAGGUGAGGAUGCAGAAGAUGAUUUGUCAUCAGAUAUUGGUUCUGAUGUUGAUUCCGGAGAUGAGGAUGAUGAUUUUGAUGGUAGUGUAUCAAUGCAAAGGAAAUCGCUCGAGUGAGAGUAUUACGGGAGUCUUUUAUAUCUUCCAAUUAUGCUGUUGAGAAGUCUGUUUGAAGGGAAGGACUCUCCCGUGACAAUUUUAACUGAAGGGGAACUGAAAAACUUCACUAUUUAACCUCACCAGGGCCGGCCCAAUUAUAUCGGAGGCCCUGUUCUAAUUACAAAAAUGGGCCCGAUUUUUUUUUAAAACAUAAUUAUAAUAAUUAAAGCGUCUUAGAUCGACUUCAGAGAUUCUAAAUAGUAUGAAGAUCAUUAAGUUACAAUCAUGGGAAGAAAAAUUCAAGAAUUUACUCCAGUCGCUACGCGAUAAAGAGUUUGUAUGGUUGUCUAAGGCACAGAUCUUGAAAGCUUCUAGUUCAUUUCUUUAUUGGAUGUCUCCUACUGUUAUUUCUGCUGUUGUUCUCAUUGGAUGUGUGGUUACCCAGAGUGCACCAUUGAAUGCUGAAACUAUUUUCACAGUUCUUGUAACAUUGAAGAACACGGGGGCGCCUGUUAAAAUGGUCCCAGAGGCUCUAUCCAUUAUGAUUCAAGUUAAGGUUUCCUUCGAUCGUCUUAAUAACCUUUUGCUCGAUGAAGAACUAAUCAAUGACGAUAGUGAAAGAAAAUUCAAGGAAUGUUCUGUUAAUGCUGUGGAAAUUCAAGAUGGCAAAUUCAUUUGGGAUCUUGAAUCCGUGUUUCCAACUUUAGAAGAUGUAAAUUUAGAAAUCAAAUGGAGACAUAAAAUUGCAGUUUGUGGACCAGUUGGAGCUGGGAAAUCAUCACUUUUGUAUGCAAUACUUGGAGAAAUUCAUAAGAUAUCAGGAACUGUUAGUUCCUAAUUAACCCA